UUUCACCACUGGCAUUUAUCUUUGAUUUGACAGCCAGCACAACCAAACCCUCACCAAAACCUGGCCUCGCACAAGCUCUGCUUCCCCAGCUCCCCUUCCCUGCCACGCACACCUCGGCUCUGCUCCGAGCCGCCCCAUUGAGGGCUGCCCGCCCAUGGCGGAAGAACCUUCGGUGAAGAGGACCAAGACGGAGGACCUUGGUGCGGGGUCAGAGCCAGACGCCGCGGCGGCGGCUGCGGCGGCGGCGGAAGAAGGGGAGAGGCCGGGCGGCGAGGUGACCGUCAAGAUACAGUCCAAAGCUCUCCGCUGCAGGAUCUGCUCCGAGCCCCUCAAGCCACCCAUCUUCAAGUGUGCGGCUGGGCACGUUUUGUGUUCUCAGUGCCCGGAAAAGCUCCGUGAGGUUGGGCACGUUUUGAGGCUGGGUACAUUCUGCGCUCUGUGUUGCAAAAGCACUAGCUAUUCCCGCUGCGUCGAGCUCGAGCAGUUCAUCGACGCCAUGAAAGUGCCAUGCUCGAACCAAACAUACGGCUGCAACGAGUUCGUCGGCUACCAGGAGAAAGAGAAGCAUGAGAGUUCAUGCCCACAUGCUCCAUGCUACUGCCCAGAGGAUGACUGUGCCUUCAAAGCGCCGGCAUGUUGCCUGCUGGACCACUUCGUCACCGCGCACGGAUGGUCGCCGACCAACUUGGGUUACAACAAGCCACUGAAGAUCCUCUUGGCACGAGACCGCCGGUUCAUGCUUCUGGUUGGGGAGGACAUGUCCUUGUUCCUCCUGAUCAACACCCUGACCAGCAUCGGCAGUGCUCUCACCGUGGUCUGCGUCAGGCCCCACGAGUCUGAACCGAGCUAUUCGUGCAACAUCUCGGCUGCUCAUGGUGUCGCUGGUGGGAAAACCGAUGGGAGGCUCGUGUUCCAGAAGGAUCCUCACGUGUCAAGCAGCUCGCUGGUGGGUGGAGUUCAGAUGGGCAACUUCUUCCUGCUGGUUCCUCUGGAAUUCGCCGAGACCUCAUCUGGUGAACUCACUGUACACAUCCGCAUCGACAGAGUGGCGCCAUAGGGAUCUCAGCUGGAAGCUAUAUAUGGACAGAGCCUUUUGGGCCACUAUGCUAACACCACUUUUAAUGACUGCAUAUGGUGAAACAGCUAGCUAGAUGUUGCCCAAAGCUCUUUAAUCACCAUCAGCUGGAGGAACUAAAACGUGUUUAGAACUCAGUUGUCUUGCUAUGUACGUAGCUUGUUGUCGUUUGUAGUGGCAGUAGAAUUUACCUUUGCUUAGCUUGUUGUCUUGUUAUGUAUCUUAUGUAACUCAGUUGUCCCAAUGGAAGAUCAGUAUCUUGCAACUCAAAA